CUCAGUUUCAGUCUCUUCUGUCGUAGAAACGCGACAAAUUGGUUAUGUUGAAGGACGUAAAGAACUAGAAAACAACAACAACAACGACAAAAUAAUGAAGCAUUUUUUUGCGCUGCUCUGUGUCAUUGCGUACUUCGGUCACGCAGAGGCUGACGACAGGAACAGAUACCAAGAAAGCGUGCAAGAUUUCCUGGGACUGUUGGAGAGAGACACAUCACCACCUAAAGGAGGCUCAAGCAGUGUCAACCAAGCGAAUGAGUUCAUGGACGUUGUCCUGCUGCAGAGGAUGCCCACACUCAUCAGGGAAACGCCUGGCUUGUUCCCGGCAGCUCCGUUGCCACCCUACCAUUUCAAGGUGUACAAGACGUCCAUCACUAACCGUGACCUGAAAGUGAACGUAACGCGAGGUGGGCUCAAGAACUUCGACACGGCUGUGCUCCGCGUCGGCGACUGCAUCCCUGCUCUGGUGGCCGGAAACACCAGCGUCAGCUGCACACUCAGCUUCGACGGGAUCCUCGCUGAACUUGUCACCGUGGCCAAAGGAGACAACCUGCUGGGCAUAGUGAAAUCUGUGGAUGUCGAAGCCCUCGUCUACAACACGACCGGCCGGCUCGAGGUCACAGCGGCUCCGAACAGACCGGGCUUUGUGCGUACUCUGUUCGUGGAAAACGUCAACUUCGACGUCAGGCCCGGAGCGAACCUCGAUUUGAAUGAAGUCCGGAUGAGCAACUUCAAGUCGUACAUCGCUAACUUUCUCAGGGAAGAGUUGUACAUGAACAUAUACGGCAACUACCAGACGCUUCUUAACCACGCGGUCGCCCGCAUGAACUUUGUUCUGUCCUAGUGGCGCUCUCCACACGAUGGAGAAGAGGGUGACUUGACGGCACCUACAUCAAAGCUUUUUGAACGCUACAUAGUUGCGAGUGUACAAAAUUUUUGUUCAUAUCGUUAGGGAUGCAGAAUUUUGCAGCAAAGCGAGAACGAAAAUACAACUAAGGUAAAAAAUUGUAGAAUGCAAUGAACGCAUUGUUAUUGUGUACGCAGGUAUCUUUGUUAAAUUUGCGCAUGAAAUGAAAUAAACACAAAUAAACCUGG